CCCUGCCUAUUUGGCUGCGACGCACACAGAGAGCUCAACAAUUUGCCCGCAUUCAUUUGUCUCCAUCAGCAGAAGCCAUGAAGAGCCUUUUCAUUUCUCUCACUGUGGCGCUGUUUGCCACCGCAGUCUUCUCUCAGCAGAAUAUCACAAUCAACCUGCGAGUGUUCCCAGCAAAGAGCAUCGCUGGAGUGGUCCAGCUAAGCCUUAUCAAUGACCAAAAUCAGACAGAAUACGCCUUCAAUGUCACUGAAGCGCGCGACAUCUGCACUAAUAUUGGAUUCAGCUUCGCCACCAAAGACCAAGUCAACGAAGCCCUCAACAGGGGUUUAGAAACUUGCAGGUUUGGCUGGAUUGAUGAGCAUUAUGCAGUUAUCCCCCGUAUCAAGGCACUUAAGAACUGCGGCCAAAACCAAGUCGGCUUGCUCCCAUGGAGAGCCGCGCUGGACAAAAAGUUUGAUGUGUUUUGCUUUAUCCAAUCAGAAUACACAGAGCAAGACCCCAUCAGCCCUACCCCCUCCCUCCUCAUUGUCAACCUUUCUUUGACCCCCGACCUGUCUGUGCUGGAGAGCCUGGACGUGUCUCAGUUCGCCCGUUUAGCCAGCAAUGAACAGAGCUCCGGGAAAAGAAAAGUGGUGCUCAUCUCCUCAGUGUGUGUUGUUCUCCUUGUUGCAAUAGCCGUCUUUGCAUACAUGAAAGUGAAGAGGCAAUCCCAGAGAGCUGACGUGAUUCAAGAGUGUGGAGACGUCAUUGAGAUUGCAAGUUGAAUGAUGACUUCAAAAUAUUGGCCGGUUUGAUUUCACCUUUAAUGAGUUUGCACAUCUGAUUUUACACCGUGCCGAUUGUUUUGUGUCUAUUCUUAAAGGCAGCAGCUUGUAAGGCUGUAUAUAACCUCUACAUCACAAUCACAAUCGUUUUGAAGAUUGAUUCCUUGUUUUUAUUGUUUCGAUCUUGCGUGCAAGUAAAUGAGACUUUAAAGAAUUUGACUAUAUAUCAUUUAUCUGUGUGUAAUGGUCCAAACUAAAGUAUGUGCCAAGCUCUC